UCUACCCGUUGUUGAUACAGCGUUAAUCCACAUUGGGAGCGGACGGUUUGAAGACGUGCGACCAGAGACACGGUUUGAGGAAUACUAGCAUUAAUGUCAUUUAUUUUUCGUCUGUCUAUGAGCAAGACCACGACCAAGUAAAUUAUAUUUGGCGGAUUUAAACAAGCACUUUUUACUAGGGAGAACUCGAACGACCUUCAUUCAGGUUGAGGUGAAGAGACUUGUGGGCACACUUGUUGAUUUUUUUUUUGUAUUAUUAGCCAAUAGUCUAAUAGCCUAUAGUUGAAUUGAACAUACAAAUCGAAUGUAUAAGCCAAAUAUGUAGACACAUUUUAUAUGUAGCCUAUACUUAUUUGUUUCAUUUGGAUUUUUGUAGCUUUUUGGUAGUUUUUAUUUUUCGAAAUAAUUCACAUUCCCUGCAACCUAUGAUGUUCCCUUUUCCAGUUUAUGUUUUUAAAUAGCCUUCGUUCGGAUUUGCAGAUCCACUAGUUGGGACACAAGACCCACCUGUUGCAUUUCGCGGCAAAACUCAUAAAACAAACAUGUCACAGCUUGAGGUAGACAUGGGCGGACUGGGUUUCUCCAAAUUACCUGCUGGGUUCGACGCCAACUCCUGCUUCCCUGGCCGAAUACCACCAAGGCGCAGGAGACACUCGGCAAACUCCAGGAGAAACUCGUACAGGUUGAGCAAAAUAGAUACAUUGGAUUUGGAGCCUGAAGUUUACGAUGAUGCCCCUCUCUCCAAAACUCACUCCUGGUCUGCUGAUGAUAUUUUAGCCGAAACAGCGGCAGAGGAGAAAAAAGUGGACUCAUCAGUACCAGCCUCACCUGUCUCAAGCCCGGGAACGAGUACGUGCUCACCUCCUGGUACCCAAGCAUCAGACCCCAAACCACCACAGCCCAGCUCGCAAGCACAGGGCACAAGUUCAGAUUCCGAGGAAGAAAUCACUGACAAAAAGGUCAUUUUAUCUCGAGCUCCAUUUGAAAGCAAACGGGAGCAAGAGGAAAAGGAUGAAAUUGAAACCAAAGCCGUGGCGACGUCACCUGAUGGAAGGUUCCUCAAAUUCAACAUUGAAAUUGGGAGAGGGUCGUUCAAGACGGUGUACAAAGGCCUGGAUACGGAGACAACAGUAGAAGUGGCAUGGUGUGAGCUACAGACGCGGAGGCUGACGAAGGUGGAGCGCCAGCGUUUCAGUGAGGAGGUGGAGAUGCUGAAGGGGCUGCAGCACCCCAAUAUCGUCCGCUUCUAUGACUCCUGGAAGGACAACUGCAAGGGCCACAAGUGCAUCCUUCUGGUCACCGAGCUCAUGACGUCAGGCACCCUCAAGACGUACCUGAAGAGGUUCAAGGAGAUGAAGCUGAAGCUGCUGCAGCGCUGGAGCCACCAGAUCCUGAAGGGCCUCCACUUCCUCCACACCCGCACCCCGCCCAUCAUCCACAGGGACCUCAAGUGUGACAACAUCUUCAUCACCGGCCCCACAGGCUCCGUCAAGAUUGGCGAUCUGGGCCUGGCCACACUAAAGAGUGCCUCGUUCGCCAAGAGUGUCAUUGGGACUCCUGAGUUCAUGGCUCCAGAGAUGUACGAGGAGAAGUAUGAUGAGGCGGUGGACGUCUAUGCCUUUGGGAUGUGCAUGCUUGAGAUGACCACGUCUGAGUACCCCUACUCCGAGUGCCAGAACGCUGCCCAGAUCUACCGUAAAGUCACCAGCGUGAGUGGAUUUCUCUGUCUCUAUACUAAGGGGUUCUCUUCCUGUAUCCUGUCAACGUGCGGUGCUUUCACUGUUGCCAAAAAGGGGGAUUUGGCUCUCGUAAAAAAUUGGAGACCUGUUGCUUUGCUGUGCGCAGAAUACAAAAUUGUUUCUAAAUGUCUCUCAAACAGGUUGAAAGAGUAUCUGGGAGUGUUGAUCCACAAGGACCAGUCCUACUGUGUACCUGAUCGCUCUAUUGUUGACAACUUGUUUAUGAUAAGAGAUGUUUUAGACAUUUGUAAACUGUCUGAUGUAAAUGUGGGUUUACUUUCGUUGGAUCAGAAGAAGGCUUUUGAUCGUGUAGACCAUCAGUACUUGUUUAAAACAAUGAAAGCCUUUGGGUUUGGGGAUGUUUUUCUGUCUUGGGUGAAUUUACUGUAUGCUGGAGCCUCGUGUAUGGUGAAGGUGGGUGGUGGUUUAAGUUGCCCCAUCCCUGUCCAAAGGGGCAUCAGGCAGGGAUACCCAAUUUCAGGGCAGUUAUAUAGUCUGGCGAUUGAACCAAUGCUUUGUUUUUUAAGAGCGAAGCUUACUGGUUUCUCUGUGCCAGGUGUAAUGAAGGGUCCCACGAUAGCACUGUCUCCGUAUGCAGAUGACGUGAUAGUUUUUAUUACAGGGGGUGAGGAUGUUAAGGUUCUCUCAAACACUUUAAAGGUGUAUGAGGGAGCCUCCUCACCUAGAGUCAAUUGGGGAAAGAGUGAAGUGCUGUGGGCAGGUCAGCUUCAGAUGGGGUCCACUCCAAGGUUACCAGGGGGGCUUCAGUGGGGCAGAGAUGGGAUGAAGACUUUGGGGGUUUUUCUAGGCUCUGAUGUCUUUCAGAAAAAGAACUGGGAGGGUGUAGCGGUGAAAGUGUGUGCUAGACUGUCAAGGUGGAAAUGGGUGCUGCCCCAGCUGUCUUAUAGGGAACGGGUCCUGGUAGCUAAUAAUCUUGCUGCUUCUACCCUGUGGCACAGACUAAUGAUUUUACAGCCACCAAAGGGUCUGAUACAAGAGCUUCAGAGGACCCUUGUCAAUUUCUUCUGGCCUGGACAACACUGGAUCAAAGCUGCAGCCCUGUACGAGGGUGGGCAAGGCCUGGUGGACAUUUCCUCUAGGAUCACGGCUUUCCGGCUCCAAGCAGCCCAGGGGUUGUUGUACAGAGACUGUUCGAGCUGGAUUGAAACAGCCUACACAUUGAUGAGGAGAGCGGGUUGCUUGGGCUUAGACAGGCAUCUUUUCCUCUUAAAGCUGGAGGGGGGUGAUUUGACUGGCCUGACUCCAUUUUAUGAAUCUGUUAUGCAGGCUUGGAGAGUCUUUGUCAAGUCCCGUAAGGCCUGCACGCCACCAGGGAUGUGGCUUUUUGAAGAGCCUCUUUUUCAUAACACUGCCAUCCAGUCCCGUGUUCUGGGUUCAGCUAGCCUACGUUCAUGCCUGUUAGGUCUGGGGUGUACCAAGCUGGGUCAUCUGAUGCGGAGCAGGAGCAGAUCGUUGGAGGAGCUGGGAGAAAGAGCAGGGAUCCGAUCAUCUCGCCUACUGAGGAAGGUCGUCGCUGAGGUCUGCGACUCCUUGCCAGUACUUCAUCUGCAGCACCUGUCAGAGGCGCAGGCCCUCCAGCUCACUCAGAAGAGGGAGAUUGAGGCGCUGUAUGAGCAGAUGGGAAAGGUGCCUCCCCCUGGCAUCAUGUCCCCCGCCGCGAUGCUCAACAACCGCCAGAGGCGCCUCUCCAAGAGCGGCAACUACCCCGGCUCGCGUAGGAACAGCCUGCAGAGACUGGAUAUACUGCCCCCUGCAGGGAUCAUGCGUAAAAACUCAGUCAGUGGCAGCAGCAGUGGCUCUCAGGAGAGGUCCAGUAAAGGGGUGACCUUUGCCCCCGACUACAACCGGAUGUGAGACUCGUCUCCCUGUGUGAUCCGGAGGACAGGGGGUUGGGGCAGGUGAUACUGUGGCCAGCCGCCUCCCCUCCCAACCACCAACCAGGAAGAGAGGGAGCCCAAUGAUGACCAAUAAGUUGCCAAGCCCAGUGCUGAACAGAUAGCUCCCAGCUUGAGCCUUGGGAUGGGGAAACCGGAUGGCCAGAAGACAUGGGCCUUUUCUCAAUUGGAUUUGCUCAAUGCCUGCGUCCUCUUUCCUCUGUCCUCUCUCCUCUCUCGCCUCCUUUUGAAAAAGGUAAUUGUGGAGAGGUAGCAAGGAGAGUGAACGAGGACGAAAAUGAGCUUGUAGGAAAUUAGACUCCUUCUCCACUCAGGCAAAUUACGUUUACAGGGGUGGAUCCCAAAAUAAAUGUGUAGAGUGAUAAAAACAAAUGAAGUUAGUUGUUCAAGACAUUUAAUAGAUACAACUACAAGUAGCAUAUUGUUUGUAAACAUGUGCAUGCUUUUCUCCAUCAAAAAAACUAAAGCUGAUUCAAAGGGGGUGUGGCAGAUUUCUAAAUUAUUCGGUGAAGGACUCAGGUAGGACACAUGACUAUCAUCUAUGAAAGAUGGCUAACAAGGAGGAAGAACACACUUCUGUUCACCUCGAACACUUAUCAGUUUCUGAGUCACGGAGGAGAGGUUGGAGGACAGACUUUUUCCCAAAUGAGAAAAGGCCAUGGUCAUCCACGGGAUGGGCCUCACUAAACACUCCUCCUAACGACGAUAGAUAAGGACCCAUUGUCAGAGCACCAAAGCACCCUAUCUGCCAUCUGGUUCAUGUGCAAUACCAUGAGUUAGUAUUGUGACACCAAGCCAAGGAUGUCACCCUCCCGAUCUUAAGGAUGCUAAGCUUCUAUAGCUGUGUGUAGCGUCAGGUCAAAUGGAAAGUGAGGAUAGGAAGACUUAAGGUGUGUGUUUCUGCGUGUGCUCUUAUGCGGAUGCUGCCUGUGCUAUCCCUGGAAAACACGUCCCAGAAGCCCUGCUCUCUCCUGCACUUCGUCAUCCAACUGCUGCAAGCAGGAACUCCUCUUAAUACAAUAUGACCCUAUUCAAUCCGAUGUGCUGAAGAUCUGCUUAAUGUUGCGAUUGACAACUAAAGGCAAUGUUCCUGCGGUCACGGAGACUGUAUUCACGGUAAACGCUGCAUAUGUCUGCUCAGGAGAUAAGAUAGCUUUAGCAGGAUGAGAUGUGAUUUGAUUUGAUUAAUCUUUGCCUCAAAACAGUGUAUUUGUAUGGUUUAUAAUAUUGCAUAAGGAAUGGGAUGAACAAAUAUGCAUCUAUCUUAUGUAUUGACUGGCAAGUCAGGUAAGCAGUUUUCCAUUUUGCAGCUCCGCUUACUUGGUGUGCUUGGCGAACGAAAUCAAGUACACCUAAAUAAGAGUCAAUCCAAGCUGCCUGCAAGUGUCAGCAAAACAUCAGAGCUGUAUUUGGUGUAAACAAAUGUUCAUGAAGCAACACAAAUCACACAUGGUGCAUGAAAAACUAAAUGUCACUUUAUUGAGCGUACACUGAACAAAAAUAAACGCAACAUGUAAAGUGUUUGUCCCAUGUUGCAUGAGCUGAAGUAAAAGAUCCCAGAAAUGUUCCAUAUGCACAAAAAGCUUAGUUCUCUAAAAUGACAUUUGUUUACAUCCUGGUGAGUGAGCAUUUCUCCUUUGCCAAGAUAUUCCAGCCUCCGUCAUCCUUCAAGAAGCUGAUUAAACAGCACAAUCAUUACACAGGUGCACCUUGUGCUGGGAACAAUAAAAGGUCACUCUAAAAUGUGCAAGUUUUGUCACACAACACAAUGCUACAGAUGUCUCAAGUUUUGAGGGCAUGUGCAAUUGGCAUGCUGACUGCAGGAAUGUCCACCAGGCCUGUUGCCAGAGAAUUUAACAUUAAUUUAAACCGACUCCAAUUUCGUUUUAGAGAAUGUGGCAUAAGCUACGGACAACGAACACAAUUGGAUUUUAUCGAUGGCAAUUUUAAAUGCACAGAAAUACCGUGACGAGAUCGUGAGGCCCAUUGCGAGACCCAUUUUUUGUUACGGUAUCUGUGACCAACAGAUGCAUAUCUGUAUUCUCUGUGAUAUGAAAUCCAAAGAUUAGGGCCUAAUGAAUUCAUUUCAUUUGACUGAUUUCCUUAUAUGAACUGUAACUCAGUAAAAUCUUUGAAAUUGUUGUAUGUUGCGUUAAUAUUUUUGUUCAGUAUACAAACACUCCAGGUCUUAUAAUAUACUACACAUGGUUAAUUUGUUACUCACUUUCUAUGGCCUAGUAGUAAAGAUACUGGGUGUCACUUAUCAGCCUUCAUUUUUUAAGCAAAGAGUGGACGCUUAUGCUUUAAAAACGUAUUUUAAUCUAUGGAUUGACAAUGCACUUUCCAUAGGGGUCGUUCCCUAUUGCUAUUGAACAAUUGCGUACCUAUAAAUAAUAGCGGGGUAAAGAUGUAUAGUUAUAUAUUUUAAAUCGGUAUGCGUGCCUAUGCAUUUAGUGUUGGUAAUUAUUUGAUUAAUGACAAAGACCUGAAGCUGUGAAGAAUUCUGAGCUAUUUGCCUUAAAGUAUGCACAUGGGGAACGAUUGUAGUAUAACACAUGAAAUAUUACCCAGAUUGUGUUCUUCUAAAUCAAGACAUCAACAGUAAAUAUACAAUAUAUAUUUAGGAUGUCAUGAGCUUUAUUUUGUUGUCAAUCGUGUUUCUAGAAAACAUACUGCCAUGCAGAUUCUGUGCCUUUAACAUUUGUUUUUUACCUUUCAAGCGUGAUUGUUUCCGAAAUCAUAUUUGUAAAUAUUGCUAAUAAAUGACAAUUCAACAUCA